GCAUGAAACGUCAAAAGCAAAGUGUUCGUAUUUGUCAUGGGAUAUGAGCAAUAAAUAACAUGUAGCAUCCAGAUGGUGAAUAAAUAAAUGUAUUAUUACUCCCGCGUGUUGUAUAAGUUACUUCAAUACUGACAUAAUAUCUCGUACUAAUUAUUGUGGAAGAAGGGGAAAGGAAUUUUAUUGUGGGAGAGACAUUGUGCUCAAGAUGGCUGACACUUGUUGGUUGUUGUAUGAUGUACGACUUUGUAUUUGUUUUUGAUAACGUGCCUUUUAUAUCGUAUUAGUGAUGGAUUUGUGGCUGUCCACGUGUGAAAUUUGAUAUGUCAUGUGCGGUUAAUAUUUUAAUUUCAUUUGGAUAAGUCGUGAGUAGUGACUAGUGAGUGAAGUGAAGUGAUUUUUAUGUCUUUCAAUUGGAAAUGUUUGAAUUGCAUCGGUAAAAUUAUAAUAUAAAUACCAUGGAUAAUUCAUCUUCGGGGUUAGCAGAAAGGCCGACUGGGGGCAGUGGUGUCGCGAACGGCCCGUCUCUGCGCAGGACCCCGAGUUCGAGACCAGUUUCGGUGAAUCCACAGGUGGACGGUGGUAGCGGAGUCACAGUUCAGCCUCACCACAUUCCGGCUGUGACUGUCAUAGUUUAUAAGGAUGAAACUGGCUAUGGAAUGAAAGUGUCUGGGGAUAAACCUGUGUAUGUGCAGUCAGUAAAGGAAGGUGGCGCAGCGGAGAGGGCAGGCUUGCACAGUGGUGAUAAAAUAAUCAAGGUGAACGGUGUUAAUGUAAUGCAGUCGACGCACACGGAAGUGGUGGGCCUCAUCAAAUCCUCGACGCAGGUGGUACUGACAGUGCAACAGAGGCCCGUGCACAGUCAGCAGCGACCCACGAGCACCGGGAUGACGUCCCCCAGUCUCCACGCCCGCCCGCUCCAUCAUCACCAUUCAGCACCCGCGAGGGCCACAGACCGUAUCACGAGCCCCCUGCCAGUCGAUCACGAGAAGCUACGGCAACUGGAGUGUCAGCGUGUCCACACACUGCGCCUCAUGCUCGAGAAGGAACAGCGAUACGUGGAAGCCCUGAGGAGCGAACUCGCCAAGUCGAACGAGCCGAAGCUGCAUCAGGAGCUGACGGGGGCAGAGCGCAGAGUACGGACGCUGCAAGAUCAGCUCGUCAGUCUGACGAUGAACGCGGAGCACGAGUAUUCCUUUACCGUUCACUUCCAUCCUUCAGAAGGUAACCUUGACCACCAGGAGCCACCAGAGGUUCCUCCACCUUUACCUUCUCGGAACCGUCCUCUGGUGUCCCCUGUUCAAACACCUGGCGCUCCGCCUCCAUUACCCCCACGCCACUACUGCCCUCACUUGCAAUGUGCUGAUGGUGGUGAGUCUUUGGGCGUAGAGAGCCUCCAUAACGCGCAUUUGUCGCCGACUAACCACUAUACUGCGAGUCCUCAAGUGUCAGCCCUUCACACGCACCACAGAACCAAGUCGAGCCCCGAUCCACUGAACAUGCAUAACAUGUCUCUGGCAGAAGCUUCUAGACGUUUGAUUGCAUCUGAAUCAAUGUCAGACUUGUCAUGUGGUCCUAAGCGAGUGACAGCAGGAAGCACUUGGGAUGUGGAUUCUCCAAGAGUUACCCCUCCAGGCACACCACCCCCCCCAUAUGGAGGGGGCAGCAGCAUUCUUAGCGAAGGACCAGAAACCGUUUCUCACAUUGAAGAAGAUGCCGCUACUCCUGAUGAGCAUGGUGGUGGAGAUGCAACUUCACCGGAGGUGUCACCCCUCAGGACAAGUUGUGGUUCAUGUACAAAUACAGCUACUAUGCAGCAGCAGCCAAUCAUUUCGAUGGAGGAGGAUGAGAUGUCUGACCAAGAAGUUGGGCAGUUGGAAGACCAUGGGCCAUUCAAAAGCCUUUCCAAGCUGUGGGAACAUAACGCACAUCUAGCAGUGUUCAUGAACUACGUCAUAUCAAACAGUGAUCCAUCAAGUUUGUUGUUUUAUUUGAUAACUGACCUGUACAAAGAAGGGAACGCCAAGGAAAUGAAGAAGUGGGCAUAUGAAAUUCAUUCGAGCUUUCUGGUUCCUGGAGCGCCACUGAGGCUAAGCAACGUAGAUGAAAAUGUUGCAAGAGAGAUCGAUGAUGUUCUGCUGAAGGAUUCAGAGAAGGAAGAAUUUCUCAGGAGGAUAUUUUUCAAGGCCCGCGGUAAGGCGAAGGAAGAACUGAAUGAACAGCUGGCAGACUUUCAACAGAAGAGGACCGCAGGGCUUGGGACAAUCUUCGGACCCCCUGAGGCUCAGCUGGAUGAAAGCAUACAUGACAAGAACAAGGAAAUGAAAAUUGUGGAAAAUAUUCUCAUUCCUAAAAUGGAAGGUUACCUGGAAGAUAUAGAGAGAGACAUUGUAGAUGCCCGCCGCUUUACGACAGCAGCUGCUCUGGGCACAGUAAUGGGUAAAGUGUUUGGUCUGCGCAGUCCACAUUCCAAUUCCUUGCUUGACCGGUGCCCCACAUUUGUUUCCAAAGAUAAAUCCCUCAAGGCCAAACUUAUCGGAAAAACGAGAAAGGUGACUGUACGUGGCCAUCACUUCGUUGCACAUCAGUAUUAUACAGUCACGUAUUGUAACCACUGUCAGCUGAUAAUCUGGGGCAUCGGUCCGCAGGGAUACCAGUGCUCAGAUUGUGCUUUAAAUAUCCAUCGUCACUGUGUGAGGGUCGUGGAAGAGAACUGCCCAGGUCCUCUGACAAAGAAGGAGAAGGGCAAUGAUCGGAUAAGUAAAUUGAUGGAGAAGAUCCGGCCUGAGCGAGAAGCAAGGAGGAAGCCAAGUUCUCAUAACUUCACUCAGAAUGGAGGGUUUCAAGUUUUGCCAUCCAUGCCAUCAAUAGGACCCAUGAUAGUUGACCGGGCCAAGAAACAGUCAGAAGACGAGUGUGGGGGUCUUACAGACAACGAGAGUGGUUCAGGUGACCGCCCCGCUCCUGGUGGCCGCGUGGGGGUUGAGAGGAGGCCGGACCCUGUUCGCGAGAGCGAGGAGCGUCCUCUGCACGACGGGGGGCCCCACAACGAGGAGGAUGACGACUACCACCAAGAGAUCACCCAUCCUGUAAGCAAGAAGCCUUCAGCUGCUUCGAUCAAUCGCUCGGAAAGCUACAAGGAGCGAGUGCAUCAAAAGCGUCAGUUGAGGGAGCGACGUAAAACUAGCGAUCCGAAUUUGUCGAAAACAAAUGAUGUGGAUUUGGAUACCCAAGGUCUUUCAUACAAUACAAACUCAGGAAGUUCAUCAAAUUCCAGUCUAUCAACAAGGAGCCUGGAUAGCCCCAGCAACUCCUUGGAGAUUGUGACAGCAGCACGGGCGCAAGAAGGUGUCACUGUAACGCCGACUCCCACUAACAGUGCUGCUGAAUGGGACAGUGACCUAGAAGCAGAACCAGAUCCUGUAGAUUGGUCAAAAGGGGUAGAUGAAGAAGUUCUUAAGCAGUUGUCUGCGAGAGAACUAAAGAGACAGGAAGUCAUCAAUGAGCUGUUCCACACAGAACGUUCACAUGUUCGUAACCUGAAAGUGCUAGACCGAGUUUUCUACCGGCCGAUGCUGGACACCCAGAUUCUUCCUCCUGACCACAUUCAGCUCCUGUUUUCAAAUCUGGAUGAGAUGCUGGACAUCCAUAGCCAGUUCAACAGUGUGAUGAAAACCAAACGGCGUGACAGCCCCUUGGUGGGAGAUAUAGCUGAUAUGCUUCUUUCUAUGUUUGAUGGUCCUGCGGGUGAAAACUUCCAGCGAGCAGCAGCAACAUUUUGUGCGCGACAACAAAUAGCUCUGGAAUUACUCAGGGAACGGCGGCGGAAGGAUGCAAAGCUGAACGGUUUCCUGACGGACGCUGAGGGCAAUUCCUUGUGCCGGAGGCUGCAGCUGAAAGACAUAAUACCAACUGCCAUGCAGAGACUUACCAAAUACCCUCUGUUGUUUGAGAACCUAGCAAAAUAUACAGAGGAGGACACAGAGGAGCUAGUAAGCGUGUUGCGUGCUGUGGAGCGCAGCAGAGAAAUCCUUAACCAUGUCAAUCAGGCUGUUAGAGAGGCUGAAGAUAUUCAGAGGCUGACAGAAAUCCAGAGGAGAUUGGACAAGUCUGGCUUUGAGAAAGUGGAACAUCCAAUGGCUGGCGAGUUUAAACACCUUGACCUCACGAAACAUCAGUUAAUUUAUGAGGGUUCGUUAAACUGGCGAAUCGGUAAUCGCCAGAAGCUGAUAGACCUGCACGUGUUGCUGUUGGAUGAUGUGAUCAUACUGCUUCAGAAGCAGGAUGAGAAGUAUGUCCUCAAGUUCUACAAUGUCAACACUGUGGGUGGCGGUGGUGACAGGAGUCCAACACUGAGUCCAAUCAUCAAAGUGUCGACAGUUCUCGUGAGGCAUAAUGCUGUAGAUGAAAAGGCACUUUACCUGGUGAACACUUCACAUAAUGGAGCACAGAUCUAUGAUUUGGUGGCAACGUCUUCAUCGGAAAGGAAAACGUGGUUCCGGCACAUUUCAGAAGCCGCUGAAGCGUACAAGACCCGGGAUGGAAAGAAUCGGCGUACAGAACCAUCUGGACCUUCGGUGUCCACUCCAGAGAGUGAAGCAUCUGAAAAUGCACAAGACAAAACCAAAGACUCUGAUGAGACUGCCAGUGAAGCUGUGAAGGAACAAGGUGACUUGUCUGUACCGCCGGGGGGAUGUAGUACCACAUCACAAGAUGUUGAUUCAAGCCCUGUGUCUACAUCAGCCAAUGAAAAUUCACCACUACCAUCAAACGAAUCAACAUCAUCACCUCAGGCUUCCCCUUCCUCGGUACCUGCGGACGGAGGCGAGACUCAUGCGAGGAAAAUGGGUGACGGCCUGUUGUCCCCCUCUCCUGGGGCCCAGCGCCGCAGAGUGGAACCCCUGCGCCUUACAACAGAAGAGAGUCCCCUCAUCCAGCCCUCGGAGGUGGUGGUUUCUCAGCGGCCCGUGCUCACUGCAGAGCCUGUCCUCACACCAAUAGAGCAACUUCGUCGCAAAGACGAAGCCAUCCGACUGGCCCUGGCUGACAAGCAGCAGCUAGUUGCUGACAUUCUGCAUGUUCCAAGGGAAGAGUUUGAAAAUAUCGCGGAGUUAGCGGGAGAGCCCUCAGUAGACAAAGAAGCAACAGAACUAGUGUUGGCAGCCAUCAACCAAGCGAACCAGCUGACAUCAGUUUUGAAUGACACACUGAGGGUCACUGAGGAAGAUGCAGUAAGCGCCACCUCAGAGGUAGUUCCAGGUAGUUCAGCCCGUGCGGGACAGAAGAUAGAACGACUGCCAGGUGUACCCAGCCACAAACUGCAGAGCAUUUCAACUGCUCUUAAUACGCAGCUUACACAGCUACUGAAAAUAAUAAAGGACCGUGAUGAGGAGCGAGAACGAUUACGUCGGGAGCUGCAGAGAUCACGUGAACAGCUUCAUGUGAUGCACGAAAGUCACCGUCGCAACCAACUGAACGCUUCACCCAGCCCUUCACAUUCACGUCCAAACAGUCUUAUCUCUCAAGAAGGACUGUGUGAACCUCAUCAUGAUAGUGAAGAUGAAUCAGGUUUGCACAGGUCAGCUGAAACAGGCCACGAGAUUGUAGAUGUGUCUGAUGUGGGCACAGACAAGCACUUGAUGUCCGAACAGCAUGACGACACAGGACCAGACGUGUUUGUUGAUGCUUUGUCUGGCGAAGCAGAGGGCCACCUGGAGGCUGAAUCUGAGUUAUUAACCAAAACAGCUGAGGAAUUGGAAGCAGUCACCAGUGAUUCAUUGGCAGGGGAAACUAAGAUUGAUGAUGAUUGAAGAGGUCAUAUUAUGUUACGAACUUGGAAAUAGGCAUGUUCUGUUGCUUACACAUUGUCAAGUACUAGUCGAAAAUCAUGCAGCAUGUAGUAAAAGUAUAGAAAAUGUUUGAUAUUUCAGAAAUUUCAGCUGUCAAAUUCAUAUGUGAUACUCCAGUGAAACAAAAUUCCAUGUUUAGAAGAAUUCUACUUCAAGGAUCAAACAUUAAAUGAAGAAUUUCAUCCAGUCAUCCUAAGAUAGUGUGAACAAAUUGCAUUGAUUGGCUGUAAAAAGGAAAUUACAAGAACAGUGUGUUCACUUCCAAGUAGAGAUAGAUUUUUAAAGUUACUUAUUUUGUCAUAGGAGAAAUAAAAUUAUGAAAUUAAGCUGCUGUACCAAUUUAGAAGUGGAAAUCACUUUUUUUUGUCUAUGUUGUAAUAUGUUUCUGUUAAGCUUUUCUUGUUACUUCCUCCAGUGGCAUUUCUGGUUAGAAAUGGUUUCGACUUUUUUGACUCUGAGGAGUAAGCUGGUGCAAGAGAAUACAUUAGGAGUGAAUCAGAACGUAGCGCUAAGAUGUAUGUAUUAUAUGGAGAAUGUUUUCCACUUGUCUCUAAUGCCUUCAAUUAGUGCCUAGUAAGACAACAGAAACACUUAUCUUUGGUGUAGUGUUGUAUGACCGAAUUUCAUGUCUGCCAUGUACGGCAUAAAGUGUGUGUUAGAGAUAUAUUUUGUUGCUAAAUUAUGCAGCGAACAAGACCCCAUAUAUUGUGCUGUGAUGGCUUCCGAAACAAAUCGAUUAUUAUCAGUCAUCGUUUAGUAUCUUAUUUUCAUUGUGCUAUGUCAUCACAUGUGCUGCAACAUGUCAUGUAAAUGUAGUCACAGUUCCAAGCAGAAUAUGCUGAACAAGUUUUUUAUUUCAAAGGCCGAUUUCGAUUAAAGAUUUUUUUAUAUUUAUUUUUACUAAGUGGUGAAUUUGAGGUACACACAAAUAGUGUUCAGGUAACCAUAGUAUUCACGUUUAAAACAUGAAACAUAUUCCUGACCAGUGGUCGAUUUUUUUAAUCUGGUAGCCAGACCACAUUUUGGUCACCUGGGAACAGUGAUUCAUUGCUGAGGUCUCGCCUUCAAUCAAUACACAGAAUGAAUUCUCUCUCUGUAACCUUCUGCAGUUUAAGUGUAAGGUAGUGGCAAAAAAUUAAAUUGAAAAGGUUAAUUUGUAUGAUCUACUGUACUUCUGAUUUUAACAUCUGUUGAUUCUGUUUGCCAUUUCCUUCAUUCCCCAAGUAGGCAAGUGAGGUCAGCAGAACUCCAUAAGGCAACAGUUGAAUAUCAACUGGGAAAUUAAUUGCAAGUCAGACUUCUGCAUUUGCCACUGGCCUCCAGGUGACCAUAUGUUCCUAACAUGUUUGUCAUUAGAAUCAGCCCAGUUGAACAUGAGGAUAUGGUAGAAUGUGAAAUAAAUAAGAAAACAGUGUAAUAUCCGUCUGUGCCAUCGGCCUAGUAAAAUGUAAUUGUUUUUUUGAAUAUGGUAAUUAUUUUCUCAAAGACUUAGGUAAACAUAUAUAUGUCUGUUAUGCCUUCCACUGGUUUCCCAUUCUACAAAGCUUGGUAUGUAAUUUAUUAUUGUAUGUCAUGUUAAUUGUUCAUAUAAACCAGAUCGUGGAAUGGUGUAAAAAGUAUGAUAGCAUGGGUUCUUUUUGACUUGAAUUUUCAGUUUGUUCAUAGAAUGGAGUAACAGAUAAUAUUUCCAGUCAUCAGGUAGAACGGAUGCCUUUGCCAGUAAUACAGCAAUCUGUAAAAAAUAAAUGACAGAAUUAUGAUAAAUAUGCUACAUGAAAUAAUUAAAAAUGUCAUUGGAAAUGAGUUUUAAUUGCUCGUAGAAAUGUCCAGGUAUAUUGAUUCAUAUAUGAUUUUCCACUGUCCUCCGUCUUUGGAGCAUGUAUGAAAUGCUGUACUGUCCAUAAUAUUAUGUAACAUAGUGGAACUGUAAACUUGGUUUGGGCAGCUGGACUUGUGGCCUGCUUGUUCAAGCACCUCCUACUGUUACCAUGGCAACAAAUAAUGAUUAUGUUAGUAACACAUGUAACAUCUUAAUGCUGAUUAGACAAAUGCCUCACAAGGCCAAACAAAACUCAUAAUCAACCAAAAUAUAAAUACAGGAAAGAAUAAAUGCAUUUUUAAUUGUACCAUACAUUCUAGGAAUAAAAUGUAUAUAGAACUGAAGUAAGUAAAUAAAUAAAUAUAAUUGAUAUGGAAUA